UCAACGCGGCGCAUGCGCAGGCGGGCCGGGCCGUCGCGGCGCCGGAGAGCGGGGUCGGCGGGGCCGCUGGGUACCACUGGGCAUCAUGCUGUCCCCGGAGGCGGAGCGAGUGUUGCGCUACCUGGCGGAGGUGGAGGAGCUCGCCGAGGACGUGCUGGCCGACAAGCAGCAGAUUGUGGACCUGGACACCAAACGGAAUCAGAACCGGGAGGGUCUGCGGGCCCUGCAGCGGGAUCUCAGCCUCUCCGAAGACGUGAUGGUUUGCUUCGGGAACAUGUUUAUCAAGAUGCCUCACCGGGAAACAAAGGAAAUGCUCGAGAAAGAUCAGGAUCAUCUGAAUAAAGAAAUUGAGAAAAUCCGGAAACGCCUGAAAGUGAAGGUCAACCGCCUCUUUGAGGCCCAAGGCAAGCCAGAGCUGAAGGGUUUUAACCUGACGCCCCUCAACCAAGAUGAGCUCAAAGCCAUCAAGAUCAUCUUGAAAGGAUGAAGUUCAAGGUCGAGGAUGGGGAACCUCAGACCAUCAUCCCCGCUGAGGUCACAGAGGACCCUGGACUCUCAAGCUUUGAGCCCUGCGAGUGGACAGACGGAAGCCGGGCUCGGCUGCUGCCAUGGCUGGACACAAGGCCCAUUGACAGGCUUGCCGGCGGCUGCCAGCGGAUGGUUGGGGGCUGCGCUGUGGGGGUGGCUCAGACAAUGGCCAGCUGUCCUAUGGGCCCGGGAGGGGAUGGGCGGGGGGCAGAGGGAGUCUCGUGCCAGUAUUCCUCUCCAAAAGGGAGGCGUGUGCACACGGCCCGUGGGUGACAGUGGGACCCAGAAGAGGCUCAGGGAGGACAGAGUGGUCGGUGCAGAGGGGCCCGCUGCCCCCCAUGAACCUAGUGUGGCCCCUUUUCCCUUCCAGCUUGGCCUCCCGGGACAAAACGAGUGUGGGGGCUGCUAAGCAACCACCGUGCUUGUCGUUAGUCAGGAGGGUCUUGCCAGCCGAGUCCCACCUGCCUUCAGCUGUCCCAGCUCCCUCGGUGACCGGGCCAGGAGGGUGAGCUCAUGUCCCCUGAGGGUUCAAUAAACUGCCAGGAUGAAUGCA